UAAUAUUUUAAAAAGUGAUCAAAAUAAUACUAUCCAAGGUCUUUCAUGUCAAACAGAUUUUGAGUGUAAUAGUCAAUUAACUAAUUCUUCAAAUAACCCUUUUGUAUUUGGUAAUUAUUUAUGUGCGCAAAAUAGGUGUAAAUUUGUUGUUGGCCAACCAUGUCAUGAUGUAUCGGAUUGUUCUGCCUACUACUAUUAUAAUAAUGCUUCCCAAAAAUUACCUAAUGAUAUUGGCUUUCUCUGUGCGGCAAGCAAUGAAAAACUCGACUUCGG